UAUGAUUAUCAGCUCGUGAGCAGACAUAACCUUUGCGUGAUUGUGAACCUUCUAAAUUAUUUACGGACGUUGCGUUUAAGUAGCUGGAGAAUCGUAACUCGAUUUUGGACGAGGAACAUUAUUCUUGACCUUUCUCAAUUAUUUAUUUGAUGUUUACUCAAUACAUUUCCGUGAUUCGACAAGUGCCCUGCUUAUGAAAAGAAACAUUGGCUAAACUGCGGUCUGCGUAUAGUCUGUGAAUGUAAACAGUACUGUCAGGAGAGUGGAGACGUGAAAUAAACAAGUUGUUUGUUGACGAACAUGUUGCGAAGUUACUUCAGUGUUUAUUGUAAUGAUUGUUUUCGUUUGAAUGCAGUUGUCCUUAAACUGCAGCAACGAAGUUUUCAUGCUCCAGCAGCCCCCCUUGUUGUGCCAAAAAUUCCAGAACAUGUCACAGCUGAGAAUCAGUAUGAAUGUUUAGCAGAGGUUGUGACUCCCUUGUGGCGGAUUCCAUAUGAGCAGCAACUUGAACUGAAGUUUCAGUGGACUAAACAUGUAGUUUCACUUAUCAAAUCUAAGCUGAAACCACAUUCUCAUAAACAUAAUCACUUGAAAAUGUGCCGUGUCAAUAAUGUUCUUCCUUCACCUGUCACACAAGAAUAUAGGAACAAAGAUGAGUUCAAUGUUCGGUGUGGUGUAGAUGGAAAUCCAAAAACAGUGGGAUUUUUUGUUGGCAAAACAGCAAAACAUGAGUAUGUGUGUGUACCACCAACAUAUAUCAUUAACAUGAAACAAAAGCAUAAGGAUGUGGCUACAGCAUAUCAAAAGUACAUCAGAGAAUCAAAAUAUCUUGCUUGCCAUGACUUUCGCGAUGGUGGGCACUGGCGCACAUUGCUUGUUCGAUCAACUGCAGCUGGAGAGACAAUGGCAGUUGUGCUGUUUCAUCCUCAGCAGCUGCAUGAGGAAGAGCUUCAAGAAGAAGCACAGAAUCUCAAGGAAUUUUUCACUCAAGGGCCUGGUUCACAUUGCAGUCUUACAUCACUGUACUUUCAGGCCUGCUCUAAUACUCGCUGCACAAAUGACCAAGCUCCGUUUCAACUUUUAUAUGGUGAGCCAUACCUAACGGAGCAUUUGUGUGGAUAUAAAUUCAGAAUAUCACCAGACUCCUUCUUCCAAGUCAACAUUGCGGCAGCUGAAGUUCUGUACAAUGCCUUGUUUAAUGUGGCUGGAUUAGAUCAGAGGACUACUGUUCUUGAUAUAUGUUGUGGAACAGGCACAAUCAGUAUAUUGGCUGCAAAAAGAGUUAGAGGAACAGUGGGUAUAGAAGAAAUUCGAGAUGCUGUUGUAGAUGCAAGACACAAUGCACUUGUUAAUGAAGUAUUCAAUGCAGAGUUCUUUUUUGGUAGAGCUGAGAAACGACUCCGCAAAGUUCUUGAAGACUUGUCUCUUGCCUCAAGUAUUGUUGCAGUGCUGAAUCCAGGAAGAAGAGGUGUUGGUCCAAAAGUUGUGGAUGUGCUGAACAAUUGCCCACAAAUAAAGAGAGUGGUCUAUGUGUCUUGUAAAGCAGAUAAUCCUAACACUCUUUCAAAUAUUGUUCAGCUUCAAGAAUCUGGGAAAUUUCACUUACACCAGAUAAUUCCUGUUGAUAUGUUCCCACAUACAUUUCAUACUGAAUUAAUUCUUUUAUUUGAAAGAUGACAUCAGUGCUGUAUA